GGGAUCGAGGGGGGUUGCCCGGUCGCAAGGGCCCACGUUCCCCUGGAGCUUCUCCCUCCCCUUCCCCAAUGGCUUCUCCCGGGGACCCUCCUCUGCCCGAAGCAGAUCAGGCAAUGAAAGAGCCAGUAGAAGAUACAGACCCUAGCACUUUAUCCUCAGAAGAAACAAACAAGUACCCUGUUCAAGACACAGCACUACCAAAAGACGAUGAAUACCAAACAGAAAAAGUGACGUUGGAAAUAGCAUCUGUUAACAUUAGGAGCCUGACAUCUGAUUCGGGUCUCAUACAACAGCCAGAAGAAGAUGAUGACAGCCAAAGUAGUACUGGUGAAUCACCUACAGCUCUGAAGAAGUCAUGUACAGAAAAUGGCACCUGCUCCUUAUGUUUGUCUCGCCAGCCAACCAUCAGUGACCUGCUCAAUGAUGAGGACUUGCUGUAUAUGAUGAGGAUCAAGUUGGAUCCUGCCCACCCUACAGUGAAAAACUGGAGAAACUUUGCAAGCAAAUGGGGAAUGACCUACGAUGAAUUGUGUUUCCUGGAACAGAAACCACAGAGCCCCACCUUGGAGUUUUUGCUACGGAAUAGUGACAGAACUGUGGAGCAGCUGAUUGAUCUCUGUAAAUUAUAUCAAAGAGUUGAUAUUGAGAAAAUGCUGCUGAAGUGGGUGGAAAAAGAAUGGCCAAAGAGACGGCAUGGAACCUAUCAGAACAACUACUAAAUGAAAGAAAAUGUCCAGUCCACAUUACUUCUAUGGUGUAAAAUUGAAAGAGUAACGUAACUCUGUUCAGUUUGCUAAGUGUGCAUGUGUAGCUUUCCUUUGUUAGUGAAAGGAACCACAUUCAUUUUUGCAACAUAAAAUGUUUACUGUAUCUGAGUACCUAGCCUUUGCAACAACACAGGUGAUCUUUAAAUAUGCAUCAGCUCAAUGCAGCAAAAGAAGAAUGACAACCACAAUACACUAUUUGGGCUGACUGCACAGUUACUUCCUUCAAACAAACUGAACUAUAAUUAAUUCCCAUUUUCACGGAGAGAAUAAUGAAAGUGAAGAAGGAAAAGGGUCUGGACUCCUCUUUAAAGGGCCCAUACAUGUACUGCUGGGGCCUGUUCCACCCCACCAUAGUUGCCUCAGCCAUAGAGAGAAGAAAGCAGACCAUACCAGCGCUGGAAUAUCCUCAUUUAUUUAACCUAGCCCACUAAUUCCUGUGGGGAUAUAUUUUUGUACUUCUAAAGAUAUAUGUGAACUGUACAGAAGUAAGGCAUGUGCUUCUGAAGAAAGCAGUCUAGGGGCACCCAAGGUUGGCUUCCUUGGGCCCUGACAACCUCCAGAACCCCCUCAUCCUGCUGCUACCCAUCUAGCAGCCCUGAGUGAGCUGGCAGUGAAAGGAGCAAGGAAGAAAUGGACCAGCACUCUCUAAUCGCCUCACUCUCUCCUUAGGGUGUGGAUUAGGCCUAAAGGACAGGACAAAUGGAUGGGCAAUGUCAACAGUAAUAAGAAGGACGUGGGACUACUUGAAGUGGGGUUCCUGAAGGCAUCUAGCUGAGGGUCUUCUAAAACCUGGAGCUGACAGUGGGAGUAUGUAGUCCUCUUUGCCUUAUGUUUGUGUCAAUACAGUUUUACUGCUACAAUUAAAGGUCCUGGACUAUGAGUGGGUGACAUAGAAAAUUGUGGCCGCUUCCCUUUGCUGUUGCUUCUGAAAGCUAUGAUCAGCAAUUGCAUUCCCUUGACUUAAGGUUGGUUUCUCUUCCCUGCCCCCCAUCUGUAUUCUUGAGUAUUAGAUGUCAUCCAGAUCUUUCAAGUUCUAACCUGCAUAACGAAAAUAAACUCUGAACAUUUUAUGUUUGGAACAGCUUUGUAUUUGGAAUCGUGUGCUGUUUAGAUACUCUGCUUUAAUAAAUUAAUUUUGGGCAAGUAUUAUAAACAACAUAGUCAUUAUAUAAAUUUGUGUUUAAAUAAAGCAAUACCUUUAGGGUGUGCAAUCCUGUAUUGCAAGUAAAAUAAAUUGCAUACAGUAUUUAGUUCACAGAGAAUUGUCAAGAGCCAGUAGCUCUAGCUUGUUUCAGAUUAUUCAAGUUCACUGUAAUGUCUCUGUAGUUUUAGAUCUUUUAGCUUCUUUGAAUUAAAGUGGUUAAAUCUCAAA